AUUGCACACGGCAAGAAGCGUGAGAAGGAAUUUGACAGCACAUAAGAAAGGAACGGAAGAGUAUAGUACAAAACUAGGAAAUUCAUAAGGAUCAAGUAGUGUUCAGUGCUGGUUGGUUGGUAUUCCGGAAUUAAAUACUGCAAGCAUGGAAUACCCAACGAAGGAAAAGCUGCAGCUGGACGCACACCCACUACCUUCCGCCCCGUCAGCAGCGAAUCCCAGGGAAGAGAAUACCUGCUGUUGCGGCUGCAGUUGGCGGACUGGCGCCAUCACCAUCGCCAUCCUCUACCUGCUGGCGAACCUGAGCAUCGGAGGAUUUCUAAUCGUUCUCCUAAGCAUGGACGGCAGGCCAGGGAGACACGAUAGAGUCCCGACUUUGAUCGCGAUUGUUACAACGGGAAUUGCAAUCAUCUUUAUCUUAUUGCUGUUACGCGGAGCCGUAAAGCGCCGCCCGCCCUUCCUCCUCGCCUGGAUGUGUUGGGAAGGCCUCAACAUCGGCCUUAGUGCUGUGGUUGUCGCCAUCACCCUUUUCACCUUGGGCAUGUCUGCAUGCAUUGGCGCACUUGCUUUUGCUAUCAGAUGCUGGUGCUUCUUCGUCGUCUUUACAUACCGUAAAACACUGAUCGCCCAGCCUCCGAAGCGAGAGGCCAACAACGCCCCGGCCUGAUUCUGCGGAGAUGCAGCCUCCUCCCCCACGCAGGGAAAUGGUCUUGGAACCUCUGGUGUUCCUUGUGUGCGAGCGGCUUUAGCGCAUUUAAGUUUGUGUGUGUAUAAGUGGAUGGAUGUCUAUUUAUAUAAAUGAUGAUUCCUUUUGUAGUUUGUGAGUGCACUUAGAUAUCUAUAUCUGCAUAUAUAUAUUUCUUUAUAUGCAAAAAAUGACCACUGAAACCUAAUCGUAAAUGGAGAAGGUGAAACUGUUAAUAAAGUUUGCUAUAAACAAGCGACUUUAAUAAAUACUGAAAACGAAAGCAAUCAGAAAUA